AUGGUAUCAAAAAGCAGUAAAAAGAAACAAGUGUCGCAGAAGCAGCAGCAGCCGCAGCAGCAGCCGCCAGCCACAUCGACCACAACCACAUCGUCGUCGGCUUCGGCCACGAAGCUCACCAAACAACUGGGACCCGACGCCACCGCGACACUCACCACCAAGAGCAGCUCCACCUCGAUGGAGCACGAGUCCGUGUCGUAUGGAGAGCCAGUGGCGAGCACCUCAGCCGCCACUCCUGGAGCAGUGGCCAGCACUGCAACCAUUCAUCCAAUUUCCAUGCCAGCGGCUGGCGUCAGGAGCUAUAGCAGCAGCAGCAAGAGCAAGGCUGCCAUGUCCAGCUCCCAAUCCUCAUACACAGAGCAAUCUCAGUCCAAGUUGCAGUCAAAAUCCCAGUCUCAGUCGGAGCAGUAUAGCAGCAGCAGCAGCAGCACCGCCAAGAUCUCCAGGGAUUACUCCAACGAGAAGAUCAUCGCCUCGAUCGAUCUGCUGGAGAGUGAGAAGAAGGAGCCUGUGUUCUCCGUUCCCAUCGAGGUGGUGGAGAUCACAACGCCCACGCUCGCCAUGUCGGCCAGCGGCGGCAGCCUCUCCAAGAUGUACACGUCCUCGUCUUCCAGCCAGCAGCAGCAACAGCAAGCGAGCAGCAGCUCCACUUACUUCGCCUCCACAACCAGUUCCAGCUCCACUCGGAGCGCCAAUGAAACGCUCAUUGCAAGCGAGAGAGCCGACGCAGCGGCUACCGCGACGUCAUCCACCACGCAGAACGAUAAACUGGAACUAUUGUCGGGAAGCGCAGCCACAACAGCUGUGGACCAUAACAGGGCCACGUCAUUGACGUCCAACAAAGAGGUCAGCGAGAGCACCACACGCAGCAGCUUGAGCAGCACAAAGCAGUCCAGUUCGUCAUCCAAGAAGGAGGUGUACGACGUGAAGACCAAGACCUGGACAGAGUUUAGCGAUGGCACCACCACUUUGCCUGGUGGCAACACCAGCAAGCCGACCUUCGAGCGGUACGUCAGCAAGGAGUCGGACGGGAGCUGCAAGGUGACGUACAAGAAGAAGAUAUACGACAGGCGCAACAAUAGGUGGCGCGUAGUGGACGAACGGACUGUGGACAGCACCAAUGACCGGGGCUAUCCCGAAAUAGUCGAUGAUGUCAUCAACACAACCACCACAACAUACACCACGAAGGUGUACGACACGAAGCUCGGCAAGUGGACGGUCGUCGACGAGAAGUCGUUCACAGAUAGCAAAGCUUUCGUGCCCAAUGACAUUGCUCGUGAAAUCGAGAAAGAUAAUACCGAUGUGGCAAACAUAACAACUACCACGGAGGUAACAAAGAUAUUCGAUGCGAGCAUCAACGACUGGCGUGUUCUGGACGAGAAGGUGCACACGGAUGUCAUUGAGAAGAUUGUAGAGACGCCCAAGAAGACCAUCUACGUGGAUGAGUUUGUGGAGAUUGAGAAGAACACCUCGAUUUCGGAGAACAAUGAGAAUAUAACACUGAAUCUGAAUGAAACAUCGAAACACAAAAAUAUUACCGAGAAUAUUUAUGAUGAAAUCGAUUACGUGCGCACAGAUAAGAAACGCUUAGACGAUUCAAGAAACCGUGGAGUCGUCAAGAACAAAACUACGACGCAUAGCGAGCGUUGCAUCUAUACCCUCGACGAAGCAUACACAAGAGUACGUACAAAUACCUGGUCGAAGAGAGACAAUGGAAACAUUCCCAAGCCAAACGAAGACAUAUUAGUGGACUACGUAGUCAUAAAGAAGCCAGAAGACAACUUAAAGCCAGAAGGAGACUUCACAGUGCCCACGAAAGAGCCAUACAAGCCCGGCGAGAGGCGUGAGAAAAUUGUACACACAGACAAUCUGCGGACAGAGGGAGAAAUGACCUUCAACGAGAGGGAGGAGUAUCAAUACACCGUCCGUCCUGGGUAUGUAAAGCCCACGGACAACCUUAAGCCCGAGGGUGAGUUCUACAGCCCAGAAAAGCCAAAAUAUCAGCCUGGAGAUCGCCCAACACAAGUUCGACACAAGGACAACUUGCGGCCUGAAGGCGAGUUCUAUACACCCGACAAGCCGGGCUUUACACCAGCCGAUCGGCCCACCCAAAAGAAGCCCGUGGAUAACCUUAAGCCUGAAGGUGAAUUCCUUGCACCGGAAAAACCCGCCUAUCGCCCAGGAGAAAGGCCUGAGAAAAUUAUCCGGAGCGACAACCUGCGCACUGAAGGGGAAAUGACCUUUGUGGAGAAAGAGGAGUACCAAUAUGUGGUCCGACCAGGUCAAGUAAGGCCCACUGAUAACCUCAAACCAGAGGGUGAAUUCUACAGUCCUGAGAAACCGAAGUAUAGACCAGGCGAUCGUCCCACUCAAAUUAGGCAUGAAGACAAUCUAAAGCCCGAAGGCGACUUCUACACUCCAGAAAGACAAGGAUACAAGCCCAGUGAGCGUCCAUCCCAAGUGCGACCUGAAGACAAUCUCCGACCAGAGGGAGAGUUCUAUACUCCGGAUAAACCAGGAUUCAGACCCGCUGAAAGACCAGUCCAGAAGAAGCCUGAGGAUAACCUGAAGCCAGAGGGAGAUUUCUACAGUCCCGAAAAGCAGAAAUAUACGCCUGGAGAACGUCCAACGCAAGUUAGACCUGAAGACAAUCUUCGACCUGAAGGAGAUUUCUACAGUCCCGAGAAAACUAAAUACAGGCCAGGAGAACGUCCUGCCCAAGUAAGACCUGAAGACAAUCUUCGUCCUGAGGGAGAGUUCUAUGCUCCGGAGAAACCAGGAUUUAGACCCGCUGAGAGGCCUGUCCAAAAGAAACCUGAGGAUAAUCUGAAACCCGAGGGGGAUUUCUACAGUCCCGAAAAGCAGAAGUAUACGCCUGGAGAACGUCCUACGCAAGUCAGACCUGAGGACAAUCUCCGACCUGAGGGAGAGUUCUAUACUCCGGAUAAACCAGGAUUCAGACCCGCUGAGAGGCCUGUCCAAAAGAGGCCUGAGGAUAAUCUGAAACCCGAGGGAGAUUUCUACAGUCCCGAAAAGCAGAAGUAUACACCUGGAGAACGUCCUACGCAAGUCAGACCUGAGGACAAUCUCCGACCUGAGGGAGAGUUCUAUGCUCCGGAGAAACCUGGAUUCAGACCCGCUGAGAGGCCUGUCCAAAAGAGGCCUGAGGAUAAUCUGAAACCCGAGGGAGAUUUCUACAGUCCCGAAAAGCAGAAGUAUACACCUGGAGAACGUCCAACGCAAGUUAGACCUGAAGACAAUCUUCGACCUGAAGGAGAUUUCUACAGUCCCGAGAAAACUAAAUACAGGCCAGGAGAACGUCCUACCCAAGUUAGACCUGAAGACAAUCUUCGUCCUGAGGGAGAGUUCUAUGCUCCGGAGAAACCAGGAUUUAGACCCGCUGAGAGGCCUGUCCAAAAGAAGCCUGAGGAUAAUCUGAAACCCGAGGGAGAUUUCUACAGUCCCGAAAAGCAGAAGUAUACGCCUGGAGAGCGUCCUACUCAAGUCAGACCUGAAGACAAUCUUCGUCCUGAGGGAGAGUUCUAUGCUCCGGAGAAACCUGGAUUCAGACCCGCUGAGAGGCCUGUCCAAAAGAGGCCUGAGGAUAAUCUGAAACCCGAGGGAGAUUUCUAUGGUCCCGAAAAGCAGAAGUAUACACCUGGAGAACGUCCUACGCAAGUCAGACCUGAAGACAAUCUUCGUCCUGAGGGAGAGUUCUAUGCUCCGGAGAAACCUGGAUUCAGACCCGCUGAGAGGCCUGUCCAAAAGAGGCCUGAGGAUAAUCUGAAACCCGAGGGAGAUUUCUACAGUCCCGAAAAGCAGAAGUAUACACCUGGAGAACGUCCUACGCAAGUCAGACCUGAGGACAAUCUCCGACCUGAGGGAGAGUUCUAUACUCCGGAUAAACCAGGAUUCAGACCCGCUGAGAGGCCUGUCCAAAAGAGGCCUGAGGAUAAUCUAAAACCCGAGGGAGAUUUCUACAGUCCCGAAAAGCAGAAGUAUACGCCUGGAGAACGUCCUACACAAGUCAGACCUGAAGACAAUCUUCGCCCUGAGGGUGACUUCUACAGUCCUGAGAAAACUAUAUACAGGCCAGGAGAACGUCCUACCCAAGUUAGACCUGAAGACAAUCUCCGACCUGAGGGAGAGUUCUAUACUCCGGAGAAACCAGGAUUCAGACCCGCUGAGAGGCCAGUCCAGAAGAAACCCGUGGACAAUCUAAAGCCCGAAGGAGAGUUCACGAAGCCUGAGAAACAGCGAAGGUGA